AUGUACGAUGUGAACUACGAUGUGAACAAUCUCUACUGCUGGGCCAUGUGCGAACCCUUACCGUAUGCAGAAUUUCGAUGGGUCGAGGAAUGUCGAAGCAGUGCGUGCGACAGCGGUUUACGCGUGACGAAGGUCUAUCGCGCGUUGUGGUUCGCGCAAUCUUUUUGGCUACGCGUGUACAUCGAGCUCAAUACGGAACGGAGAACUCGCACGAGCAACGAGUUCGAGAGGAAUCUGUAUAAGCUGAUGAACAAUGCGGUUUUCGGCAAGACAAUGGAGAACGUGCGCGAUUACGUAGACGUAAGGCUCGUGACGUGUUGGGACGGAAGAUAUGGCACGGAGGCGCUGAUCGCGAAACCGAAUUUUCACAGUAGUAGCGUUUUCGACGAGAAUCUCAUGGCUGUCGAGUUGCGCAAACUCGAGGUUCAAUUUAACACCAAUUUACGUUGCUUGAUAUAUUUUCUGGAAUGCCGGAACGUUUACGAGAAUAUGAAGCGAGAUAUCGCGAGAUUCGACAUCAAUGAUUAUUCCGACGACAAUACGUAUGAUAUACCGCGCGCGAACAAGAAGGUUUUCGGUUUGAUAAAAGACGAGAACAACGGAGCGGUCAUGAUGAAGUUUAUAGGACUCAGGGCGAAGAUGUACGCUCUGAGAAUUUUGGGAAAGAGCGAUACAAAGAGAAUAAAGGGCGUCAAGAGGAGUACCGUCGCGAAAACGAUAACGUUCGAGGAUUUCGCGCAUAGCUUGAACGAAUCAUCGCAGCAAUCGAGACGUCAGGCGUGCGUACGCUCGAUGCUACACGAGGUUUACACCGUGUCCGAACUAAAGCUAGCUUUGAGUCCUCACGAUGACAAGCGAUACUUAAUACCUUCCACCGAUACAUUGCCAUGCAAUCAUUAUAAGAUACUGUUAUUAGAUACUAAUGUAGUAUAA